UUAAAAUAAAGCUAGUUUUAGUUUAAGUUUCAGGUAUUGUAACAGAAUUUAUCAUUAAGUGUUGAGUUUCAUUAUUGAUACAAGCAUGGGGAGUUUGAUGUCAUUUUUUCUUCUUGCAACCAUCUUUGUGAAAGGUUCGGCAACACAAACUCCGACACUGAUUGCGACUGGCAUAUUCCAGGAUCAAACCAUCACACUGACUUGUCACAUUAACGGGGGAACGGCUCGCUCAGUUGGCUGGUACAGGAACCAAGGUCGAAAGGUUAUCUCCAUUGGUAAUGUCGGCACCAGAUGUGAAACAAGUCCUCCUGAGCUUCCGUUUUCUGCGAUAUGUCUGUGUUUGAAUACAACUGUAUUUAGUUGUACGCUGACAGUGGAGCUGUCAAUGCAUAACGGGGAUGAAUGGGAAUGCUCGUUUGCAGAUAAUGAAUUAUCUAUCAAAAGCAACGAAAUAAGGAUAAGUGGAUCCAACCCAAGCCGGACUGGAACAGGAAGAAGGCCUGAUCGUCAGCUGAAUGCUCCUACAAGUGAUAAAUCGUCUGCACGCAGCAUGUUGGUACUAUCCGGCCCGAUUUCCCGCCAUCGUAUGCCGAGAGCUUCACAACAACUGCAAAAGACUGUGAAAGGACACGUGAUGUGCUCGGUUGAAGUUAAUAAUAGCCCCGUAGAAAUUUUAGUAUCGUCCAACGCAAAGAGGGACAUCUUGAAUGUUUACUUUGGUGAUAUUUAUGUGGGCAACUGCGAUACAGUAUUCAAGAAAACAGAGAUCGAAGCUACAAAAUAUAAACAACAGUUUAAUUUAUCCAUUACGAGAAACGGACAAUGCGUCUUCACAAUCUUUAAAAUUGAUGUAAAGCAGGCUAUUGUCAGAAUCUACUCCGAGGCUAAGGCUUUGACAACAGUGUUGGUUAACGGAAAAGUCCACCCAGGAUGCAAGGAUCCUUCGAAGCAGACAGACACUGGAGUUUCAGCGGGUGUUAUUGCUGGUAUAGUGGUUGGUGCAGUCCUUAUUUUUGUUGCUGCUGUUGUUGUAGUAUUAAAGAUCGUCAAAAACAGAGGUAUCUAAAAUACUAUGGAGAUGAACUGUGUACAGUGUGUAUAAAAGUUCAAUAAGAAAAUAAUGAAAAGGCAACUACUUACUGUUUAUUUAACAUUUAUAUUUUGUUAAUCAAUGCUUUUACAACAUAUUAAGACAUCAAUUUACUUCAAAGGUGUUGGUAUUGCUUAGAAGAAGAUCACUGUUUUAAAUAUUUUUAUUAUAAAUAUCGAGUUUCUAUGUACAUUUGAUUAUUCUUAAUAUUAAAAAAAAUGUUACACCAUCCAUGACCGAUAUUGCCUCCUAUGAUUGUUGUUUACUGCAAAAGACUAUUCGAUCGAACGUUUGGUAUUCGAAUGUCAAAAUCGGUAUUCGAAUAUUCAAUGUUUUUGUUGAAUUAAUAAAUUA